GACGACGGCGACAACACCCAUAAACUCUCCCAACGUCGCUUUACUGCGUGUGACUGUGAAGACGUUUAACUCUUCACUUCGUCAGGAGACAGACGGUGUUUUCUGUCUUCAGAGAAUCAACAUGAAGAAAAUCUCUACUCUCACUUCCUGCUUGUUGCUGAUUAUUGGAGCAGCGACGGCUCAGACAGCUGAGACUGAGGUCGGAGGUCGUCUGCUGCCUCAGUGGCUCACCGGACUCCUCGCCCUCGUUGGGUUCCUCUUCCUGACGUUUGUGGCCUUCCUGGUGAAGGCGGCCUGGUGUGGAGACACAAACAAACUGAGGACGUCUGUGGAGUCGGCCACAGACAACGACUACGUCAUAAACGACACCACACUGGACGAGGUCAGGAGCAAAGACAGGAGCGCGUACGACACCACACUGGACGCGGUCAGGAGCAAAGACAGGAGCGCGUACGACACCACACUGGACGCGGUCAGGAGCAAAGACAGGAGCGCGUACGACACCACACUGGACGCGGUCAGGAGCAAAGACAGGAGCGCGUACGACACCACACUGGACGCGGUCAGGAGCAAAGACAGGAGCGCGUACGACACCACACUGGACGCGGUCAGGAGCAAAGACAGGAGCGCGUACGACACCACACUGGACGCGGUCAGGAGCAAAGACAGGAGCGCGUACGACACCACACUGGACGCGGUCAGGAGCAAAGACAGGAGCGCGUACGACACCACACUGGACGCGGUCAGGAGCAAAGACAGGAGCGCGUACGACACCACACUGGACGCGGUCAGCAGAGACGACAGGAACGCUUAUGACAACCUGGGGAUCGAUGAUGACACUUAUGAGAAAGUCACCUCCAUGUGACCAACCUGGACUCAUGAUUGGCUGUUUCACCAUCGAUCGGACCAACUUCUUCUUCUUCACUCCACAGUUAGAAGUUCUUAAUCCGCUCGCUUUAGCGACUUUGUGAUC